AUGCACAGGGAGAUCAUCAUCGAUUUGACCAUGUUCGAGCCAUCAUCAGAGACGACUGGUCAACUUCGCUCUUGCUGGGUCGAAUCAGCCCUUCUAGUCAAGCUCAUUUCGACACUCCCUUCGCUCGAGCAUCUGUGCCUCUUUGCCGACGCUUCCGACGAUUCAACAUUAUCGCUCCUCUUCUCCUCGUUGAUCGCUCACCCGUCUCUUCAUCCUAUACCUCCCCCUGUCGUCCCUCCUUCCCCCAGCGUGCAGUCUAUGCGAUCAUGCGACGCGAACCCUACUCCUCUCAAUCACCGUCUCAGAUCGUUCGGAUGGCGGCAGCGCGGGGAGCCUCCUCAAGGGUUCCGUGACUUCUCCCACACCUCCGCCUACGUCUCGACCCUACAUCUACUCCGACAUUGUCAUCAAAUAUCGUUUGUGGUGCUCGACGCCGACCUCACGGAGGCCCAUGCCUCUGAUAUUCUUGUGGCGGUGAAGGAGCUGGCGCUGAGAGAACAUCCACCUGGCGAGGAAGGUCCGAAGGAUAUCAAAGAACUCUUCAUCGACCGACCUUUGGUCAAAAGCAGAAAACCACAUUCGACCACUUUCGAACAACUCACCGCCCUGCUUCAGCCUCUCGCUGGCUUGCCGCAUCUGCAGCUAUUGCAAGUUGGUUCAUACGCCUUGGACCCCACCCUACAGACUCGACUCGCCCUCCAUCUCUCACUCCAGCUUUGCAACCUGCUGGUUAUUGGAUUAUUGCAAGGCGAUCAGGGUCAGACCGUUUGGUGGGGCAUUUGGCGACAUGCCAGUAAACGGUCGACUCCGGAGGGCUCGUACUUCCCCGACUGUGACAUUGUCCUCGCAGUCCUAGGAGAUGGUCACUUGAAGCUUUUAGAAGAGGGGUCGCUGGACUGGAAAUUCCAAGGCGGGAAAGCGGAAGACGCUGUUAUGACAACAGAUUUGGAAAUCGGAACUUCUUGA